GACCCAAAAAGGAAAAUCAUCACUGUCAGAUAAAGAAAGAUCGCUACCGUUGGAUAUCAAUGAAGAAAAUUUGCCACCUUUGGAGAUAAAUGCGCCAGUUAUACUCUUAAUUGGAAAAACAGGUGUCGGUAAGAGUACGUUGGGAAAUUAUUUGUUAAGAAUCUCGGAAGAUGAUAAGAACGCUUUUAAGGUCUCCGAAGGUCUUGAAUCGAUAACCAACAAAUCUAGCUCCGCAAUUUACAAAAUUGGUGACGAAACUUAUAACAUCAUCGACACGCCUGGGAUUUUUCAUACCGAAAAACCCAAUAAAGAAAUCAUGGAAGAAAUCGCUCGCACCGUACUAAAAUGUGCUUAUGGAAUUAAGGCCAUAUUAUUUGUUUUGGAAGCCAGAAGGUUAACGGAUGAGCAAAUAAACAUGAUCGAUGGUAUAUCGACGCUUUUCGGGGAAGAGGCCUUUCUAAAUAUGAUUACUGUCUUUAACAAUUGUAGCUAUAAAAAUAUAAAUGACCCAAAAAAUUUUGAAAAGAUUUGGAACAAAAAGGUUCGCAUGCUCGUCAAUCGCAUGGGUAAUCGGUGGGCCAUUAUUCCGAAUCCAGAAGUCUUCCCCCCUGGUACUGAAGUGCACAAUAAAUGUUUAGAACAUUUAGAAAAUACUAUUUGUACCAUUUAUGAAAUUUAUACAAAUGAAUUGUUUGAAAAUACACGAAAGGAGCAAGAAGAACGAGCGCGGAUUGCAAGGGAAGAAGAAGAAAAGAGACAAAGAGAAUAUUAUGCAGCAGAUUACUUAAAAUGGAAAACUGAAUUUGAUAAAAGCGCAUAUAUUGCAAAUCAUAAUCUCCUUAUGAAACUUCAGGAAUUUUUUAGUUGA